UUAUGUGUUUUGGGGGAGUGACAGAAGCAGCACGGACUGAUCUUUACAUCCUGCUGUGAAAGUGCAACGGCGCGUGUGUUGUUGUGUGUGCGUGCUGUGUGUCUGCGAGGUGUGUUUCCAGUCCGAGCGAGUUCAAGCAUGAAGAGAGGCAAGAAGGCAGAGGAGGCGGCCGCAGAUGGGGAAAACGACACAGGCUCUGCUUCUGCGAAGAAAGCAAAGAAGCCUAAGGAGCCAGAGGCCCCGAUACUGUACGAAGAUCCUCCUGAUAAAUUGACUAGCAAAGAUGGACGCAACGCCAACAUGAAGAUCACCUCCUGGAACGUGGACGGGCUGAGGGCCUGGGUGAAAAAGAAGGGCCUGGAUUGGGUGCGUGAGGAGGCUCCGGAUGUUUUGUGCCUGCAGGAGACAAAGUGUGCAGAGAAAUCUCUCCCUGCUGAGAUCACCUCAAUGCCCGAGUACCCUCACAAGUACUGGGCCGGGUCGGAUGACAAGGAGGGUUACAGCGGUGUGGCCAUGCUCUGCAAGACUGAACCCCUCAAAGUCACCUAUGGCAUUGGCAAAGAAGAACAUGACAAGGAAGGCCGCGUCAUCACUGCCGAGUUCCCCAGCUUCUUCCUGGUGACCGUCUAUGUGCCGAACGCCAGCAGAGGCCUCGUGCGCCUGGAUUACCGCAAAACCUGGGACGUCGACUUCCGGUCAUACCUGAGCGAGCUGGACAUGCAGAAGCCCCUGGUGCUGUGCGGCGACCUGAACGUGGCGCAUCAGGAGAUCGACCUGAAGAACCCCAAGGGGAACAAGAAAAGCGCGGGCUUCACCCCCGAGGAGCGCGAGGGUUUCAGCCAGAUGCUGGAGGCCGGCUUCGUCGACAGCUUCCGCGAGCUCUACCCCCAGCAGACCCAUGCCUACUCCUUCUGGACCUACAUGAUGAACUGCCGCGAAAAGAACGUGGGCUGGAGGCUCGAUUACUUUUUGCUGUCGUCCAGUCUGUUGCCUGGCCUGUGCGACAGCAAGAUCCGCAACAAGGUGAUGGGAAGCGACCACUGCCCCAUAACUCUGCACAUAGCCGUGUAGUUCAGUUUGGUCAGCAGGGCUACUGCUUCGCAUAGCCGCCACUGUUUUCUUAGUACUUCCGUUCCAACUUGGCUGAAACUAUCAUGUCUGCCCGUGUGUGCUAUGUUAGAGUGAGGUAUUGUCUACUUGGGCAGGGAAGAGUCACGUUGACCUCUCUCAUGGGUGAAGAGCUGCCCAAACUCACUCUUUCAGUAGGUUCAGCAGUAGCUUAGCUGUCUAAUCGUUUUCAGAUGAAACGUUCAUAAAAGACUCCACAACACCAUUCAUAAUGCCCACUUUUCCCGUUCACGUAAUUGAAGUUUGUCCAUAAAGUGAUGUACACAUAAAUUCUGUCAAGAAGCAACACUAAAUACUCAAAGAUGUCUAAGCUGAUUUUUAACAAUGACCCGUAACUGGCUGUAGAACUGUGUCACAAUGUGGCUCCUGUCUGUACUACUGCUAAGACACAAGCCUUCCUACCACAGAACCUGCAGUAAUAUUUUUUUUUUGUGUUACUGUUUGAGAUGAGACCACUUCUGUUUGAAAAAAAAAAAAAAAAAGCAACUUGUUCUAGCACAAAACUGUUCAACCUCUUUUCCAAACUAGUGUUACAUUUUCUGUCCUAAAACAUGCUCACAAUAAAG